ACGACUGCCAAUAAGCAACUGAGUAAUUAACUAUAUCAGAAGUUCGCACGAUGAAUAUGUUUUACAUUUUGUUCAAAGUCGUUAAUAUGAAAUGAUUAAAUGAAUGAAUGUUUUUUUUUUCGAAAAAUAAGAGCUACAUACCGUAUUAUUGUUAAUAACACAGAGGUAUAUAUGCUGAUGCAUCGGUUGAUGCUUCACUUACACUUAAGGAUUCAUCUACCACUGUCAACAAAUUAACUAAGGGUUGGAAAACUGUUUCUUUCCGGUAUGACUAUUCAUAAAUCAUUUCUGAAUAGAAAACCAUACCUUUCAUGACUUUUAUGAGAAAUAAUAAAGAUGAAAUGAACAAAAUAUCAUCAACAACAGUAUAUUGAACGUAAACUCAUUAGCGGGGCUAAACCGGGGUUUAAAUCCUUGAUACACUAUCGCUGUAACUGAUUGAGCUACUAAAGGUUAACGGAAGUGUCCUGCCAAACUGUGCUAACGUUAUAUCCAAACGGAAGUUAAGGGGAGGUUACUGUACAUGUAUCCAGGACAAUAAACCACAAUGCAGUGGGAAAAGGAUCCUUAACGGGGGAUAUGCUUUGUUAUUGUUAUUUUCUUUUUAAAACGCUAAUAUUGACUGUUACAUUAUUCCUUCUCAAUUCAGAUUAAAUCGUAUGCAGAAAUCAAGCAUCAUCUUGCUUGUAUGAACAAUGUGACGAGUGACAGCAUUGACAUUGUGAGGGGCCCUUUUAUCGUAGAGACCAAAGAGGAAAUGACGUCACAAAGUGAGAUGGCGCUGAUCAUACACCCCAAGGAAAGACCAAUAUGUGCCCUUUCUGGAAGUACGGCACCAGACAUGUUCGAGGGUUAUAUGGCGGACGGAGCACGCGUCAAAAUGGCCUGUGGUCACGCCGUCACACCAGAUAAUCUUUACCGCUUCUGUCUGACGUCACUCAAGGAUAGUAACGCAACAUUCAGAUGUAAGAUAUGCCUCACGACAUGGACGUUUGAGGAAAUCACGAACAAGGCUGCUUUGUCUGAUGAUGAAAGGAUCUUCUUCAAACAACGAAUUGAUCAGAUCGCACGCAUCACGACUCUUGGCAUAAAGCCUAUUGACAAAGGAGCUACGAAUGACUUAUUACGAAACUGCGGAAAAGUGACCAUGGGUUACAGCAAUAUUCCAAACGUUCCAAGCAUACGCGCAUGCCCUAAGUGCUUCCAGUUCAUAGAGCAUCUGAAGGGAUGUAAAACUAUGACAUGUUCCUGUGGUAACGUGUUCUGUUUUAGCUGUCUAAAGGUAGGAGUAGGAAAUUCACUGGCGUGUGGUUCGUAUGGAACUGGAUGUCCCGUCGCCCCUGUCCAGCAGAUUGGGUAAACAGCUCAUGACAUCGUGAUGCGUAUUGUUGUCUUUUCAAAGUGCAAUAGUGCAGGUAAUACGAUGCCAUUCAGACUAACAUCCAUCGAUGUCUGUCAGCAUUGUCUUAUCGUAAUUAGAUGCCAAUUCUGUCCAGAUUUGUUAUACUUCAUAAAGUACUCCUCACAACUGCUGACCAGUCCGUAAUUACAUACCACUUUGACCAGCAUUAGGACGGAUGAAAGUUUUACCUGACACACUUUCCUCGUAUAUGAUGCUGACCACAAUGCCGCAAAGCCUGCCAGUUUUCCCGUUACGCGACCGCGAGAUUCCUUUGAUGUACACUAGUCUUCUUGUCUCAUCCACAAUGUGGUGCACACUGAGCCUUCAAUUUUGCUAUGACACAUUCCAGGAGUGCAGAGAGCGUAUGCAACCAUCAACGAUAAUGCAACCGGAAGUACAGGCAUAUUCCGAUUACCUAUCAUGAACUUCGCGGUAGUUUUCCGCCUUUAAAUGAUUAGAACAGUCCAACACCAAGAGUAGCACCAAUGGUUAUCAUCAAGAUAAAAUGAAAUACAAAGAGCUAACAAAGCUUGAUUAACAACGAACUUGUCAGUGGUGACACCCGUCAGUUAUUUUCAUAAGAGAAAUUACGACUACUGGUUCAAAUACGUUGUAUUUGUUUUAAUAUGUCUAGUCAAAUAUAAACUUGACGUCCGUGAUGACAAAGUUUAAAACAUCUUUCAGGAUUUAUUGAAAUUCCAAUUCUGCAAUCCGUUGAAAUGUCAAAUUUAAUGACGUCAUUAACUUGUCACCAGCCUUUAGGUGAUUGCAAAUCAAUAUAUCUAGUGAUCGGAAUGUGUUUUAUAGAAAUAUCAGUAUUGUGUAUCGCAUUGGGAACAUAACAUCAUCAUAAUUCUUUGUACAUCUGCUCUAUUGUGUCCUCUGCUUGUGGACACUAAAGCGACAAAAAUAAAUCUGUUUCUCCCAUCGCAACGAUUGGGAUUUAUUAUAUCAAUAAAUUAUGCGUAUACCUCCACUCUACUUCCUAACAACCGUUUUGUUUCCUUACGCCUCUCUUGUUAAUAAAUCUCUUUUGGCAUUGUUGUUUAAUGUUCG